AUGGCUCAGGGGGGCUAUGGAUACUACAGGAGUACUAUCUUUUUGGCCAUGUUUGUUGGCUACAUGCUGUACUACUUCAACAGAAAGACCUUCUCCUUCGUGAUGCCUUCACUAAUGCAGGAGAUCCAGCUGGACAAGGAUGACCUGGGCAUGAUCACCAGCAGCCAGUCGUUGGCCUACGCUAUCAGUAAGUUUAUCAGCGGCGUGCUGUCAGACCAGAUCAGCGCUCGUUGGCUCUUCUCCAUUGGUCUGUUCAUGGUGGGAGGCAUCAAUGUGCUCUUCUCCUGGUCCUCCACCGUCGCUGUCUUCUCUGCUCUCUGGUUCCUCAAUGGUCUGGGUCAAGGCCUGGGCUGGCCCCCCUGUGGCAGGGUGCUGCGCAAGUGGUUCGAGCCCUCUCAGUUCGGCACAUGGUGGGCAGUUCUCUCCUGCAGCAUGAAUCUCGCCGGCAGUCUGGGGCCCGUGAUUGCCACCGUGUUGUCCGAGAGCUACAGUUGGAGGACGAUCCUGUCGGUGUCCGGGCUGAUUUGUGUGUCCUCGUCCUUUGUCUGCCUGCUGGUCAUCAAGAACGAGCCCAAAGACGUGGGGCUGCGCAACAUCGAGGCGGCAGCCAAGAACAGCACAGGAGCUGUGUCCACUCUGUCUGAGUUUCUGCUGUCGCCCUACCUGUGGCUGCUCUCCCUGUCUUUACUGGUGGUGUUUGGAGUCAAGACCGCCUGCACUGACUGGGGUCAGCUGUUCCUCAUCCAGGACAAGGGCCAGUCUACACUCGUGGGAAGCACAUACAUGAGUGCCGUGGAGGUCGGAGGUCUGUUGGGCAGUCUUGCAGCGGGUUACUUCUCUGACAAGGCGGUGGCCAGACAUGGCAGGAAGAUUUACGGCAAUCCUCGCCACUUUAUCCUGAUCUGCAUGAUGGCGGGCAUGUAUGCCUCCAUGUACCUGUUCAGAGUCACCGUCACUUCUCACAGCUCACAGGUGUGGAUUCUCUUCUUAGGAGCUGUUUUUGGUUUUUCCUCUUAUGGACCAAUAGCCUUGUUUGGAGUCAUAGCCAAUGAGAGUGCUCCUUCCAACUACUGUGGAACUUCACAUGCCAUCGUGGCCUUGAUGGCCAACAUUGGUGGCUUCCUGUCUGGACUACCGUUUAGCACAAUCGCAAAGCACCAUGGCUGGGAAACGGCCUUCUGGUUAGCGGAGAUCAUCUGUGGCGUCACCACCGUCGGGUUCAUCCUGCUGCGCAACAUUCAAACAAAAAUGGGACACAUUCCCAAGAAAAAGGACUGA